AUGACUGAUAGUAAUAGUGGAUCAGUUCCAAUGAAUGUAUCUACUCCUGGUGGUGGUGGUGGUAAUGGAGAGCCUCAAUUAGGUACUCAUUAUAUAUUUUCAAAUAUUUAUAAUACUGCAUUGAAUGAUGUACAAUGGAUACAUUAUAGAUCGGUGAUUCAAGACAACAAUGAGUUGUUUAUUAACGAACCUAUUAUACUUGCUUAUCUAAAGUUGAUAGAAGCAAACAUUCCAUGUAUUUGGAUAAAGUCAUAUAAACAACAACAACGAAAUAACAACAACAACAACAACAAUAGUAAAAUGAAUAAUAAUAGUAACAAUAAAUCAAGCAAUAAUUCACCAUCGCCACCAUUAUAUAGUUCAAAAUCAUCAGUGGGUACAAGUAAAGGUAGUAAUAUUGUAAAGACACCGACUGCUACUACUACUACUACUACCGCUACUACAUCGACAACAGCAAAUACAAAUACACCAAUAUUGAGAAGUUCAACGACAACAACGACGACAACAACUAAUGGCAAUGUAAUGACACCUAUUUCACCUGUAUUAUCAGCCAACUCACCGCAUUAUAAUGUACCAACAUCACCUACUGCUAGCACAGUGGUAAACAAUCAACAUCUUCAACAACAACAACAACAACAACAACAGCAUAUAAUAGAUAGCAAUAUGAUGUCAAUAGAUAGUACACCAUUUUCAAUAGAUACUAUUAAUAACGAUUCAAUAGAUCUAUGGAUAUUCCCAAUACAUAAUAUUAAUAGUGGAAUUGCAAAGACAACAACAACAACAACAACAGAUUCAAAUACAGAUGACACUUCAUCGACGACGACGACAUCAACAACGCCUUUUGACAUUAAUUCAAUUAUUGAAUUACAAUCAAUAACUAAAAUUGACAGUGGAAAAUGGGAUACAGCUGAACCCAAUCAAAAUCCAAUUUUAACGAAUCUAUUUUAUAAAUCAUUAUUCAAUUUAAUCGAACAUCAAUUGAUUCAAACCAACAAUUUCGUUAGGGUUGGUAACUCAUUUAUAAGAAAGAAUUCCAUAGAUAAAAAGACUGUAAAAAAAGAUCCAUACUUUGAAGGUUUAAGACAAUUAAAUAACGAUGAUAUUAGUGAGCUUUCAUUUUCAUUCUCUUUCUUUCUUGCCAAUAAAACACUGUUGUUUCAUUUGUUUGUAGAGAGAAAGAGGAUACAAAACCUUGGCAACCUCUCAAAGUUGGAUUAUUUAAAAUCACCAAUUAUUACAUCACCUAAUUGUUAUUUUGGAUAUCAAAGAUUAACAAAGCAACAACAGCAACAAUCAUUACAAUCAUCGAAUGGAAAUAGUAGUAGUAUUUUUACAAAUGGUAGUAGUAGUAGCAAUCAUAUUAAUAUCAAUGCAUCGGAUCCAAACUUUACUUUGACAUCUAAUCAGUGGAAACAACUAUUCAAUAUCAAUCUAAAAUCAUCAAUGAAUAGUAGUACAAGUCAUUUACAUCAUCAUCAUCAAUUAAUGAAUAGUAGUGCUGGUAGUACUACAAAUGGAUUAAAAGAUAGCACCAAUAGUAAUAAUAUAAAGAGUAUACACUCACUCUCGAUAUCAAGUUCAUCAUCUAGUACACCUACAACAACAACAACAACCACCAUCAAUAAUAAUAGUACAAAUAACUCUUACUAUAUAGACAGACCGAAGCAGUUGGAACUCUAUGGUAUCUCAACUAGACAUGGAAUGUACUUCCCAACAGAGUUACUCUAUCGCUAUGUUCCGUACACCUCCGAUGUCUCUGCCAAGUUCUAUCACGAGAAGAUGCGUGAAUUUGGUUUGGAGAAUGAAGAUCAAGGUGUUUUAUCAUAUAUUGAACGUGGAUUAUCUUUAUUUGGUAGAAGACAACAACAACAACAACAAAAUAAUAAUAAUAACAAUAGUAAUAAUAAUAAUAAGAGUAUAGAUUAUUGGAAUUAUCAAAUACCAUUUAUAUUUCCAAAGGAUCAACAACAGCAACAACAACAACAACAACAACAGCAGAAUCAACAGUCUUCCGAUCAACAGCUUAUGAAUAAACAGAUGUUUUCACCAUCGACCAACUCACCGUUUCCAUCGUCGCCAAGUCAGAAUCAAGCAACUACAUCAGCACUACAAUCUCCAUUCACCAACUCACCGAAAUCACCUGCCACUUCACCAAUGGCUUCGCCAGAUGAACAGCCAUCUCCGGCCGAUCCCAUGGAUGCAACGAAGAAGAGAUCGUCAACUAAAUCAGCUUCCAGCCAAAAGAAAGGAAGAACAACCAAGAGAAAGAAAGAUGAUGAUCCAGAGCCAACUGCAUCAGGUAAACCACCAUUACCACCACAAGCAGAAGUCAAACAGCAACAGCAGCAACAGCAACAGCCUUUAAUUCCACAACAGCAACAACAACAGGUACAGCAGCAACAACAACCAGUUUCUCAACCACAGCAACCAGCAUCUCAACCAGUUUUACAACAACAAAAUUCAUUCGGUUCAAUGGAUUUGUUUGGAUCGGAUUCACUUGGUGAUGCUCUGUCAUUUAAGAAGGAUGAUGAUCUUAUGCAUCUGUCAGACACUGAUAUCGAUUUGGACUCUUGGACCAAUCAUUAUUCAUCUUCAUCAUUUCCACCUCAACAGAGACCGAAUGCAUUGGCAUCUGGUGGUGGUGGUAUCAACAACAUACAAUCAGUACCCAAUAUCUCUGAUUCAUUUGUACCCAACAACAAUAACAAUCAAAAUAUGCAACAACAAAAGACAAAUGUUAAUAAACCAAAUGAUAAUCAACAACAGCAACAGCAGCAGCAACAACAACAACAACCAUUACAGUCACAGACAAAUCCAAUGACUUUGAACGAUUUGAAUACCCAACAAAGACAACAAACAAUGGAUAUCAAUAAUACUACUGCUGCUCAAAUGAUGAAUCAGCAACCAUUACAACAGCAACAACCAUUACAGUCACAGCCAGCACAGAUGUUAAACCAAGCGAAUCUACCACAACAACCACCACAACCUCUAACAUCACAACCAACACAACUAAUUGCCGGUGGCGCGACUACCAAUGCAAAUACAUCCUCGACAAUGCCAAUCGAUCAUACCAAAUCACCUAUACAUCCAGCUUAUCUCGUACCAUACAAAGCACCAUCUCUCAGCCAGGCAAAUAUUCCAACAAUGCCAGACGUUGUUCCUGAACUCUUUGGAAGUGGUGGAAGUGGAUCACAUCAUCUCUUUGCACACGAUGUUCGUGAGAUCAAUGGAAGUGGAAAGCACACUCUACACUCAUCGCUCGAUGAUUCCGUCGAGGGACUGACCUCUGUCUAUAGUACACUCGCCGUUUCCAAGCUUGGCGAACAACAGAUCUCUAAUUCCACCGCCAAGAGCAAGUCGUCUUACUACUGUCCACCCUCUUACAAACCUAUCGAUGAGACAACUCUUCCAUUUCACACAAACAAGCUGGAGUAUAGCUAUGUCCCAUUGUCCAAAUCUCUAUCGUCAACCUCUUCAAAUGUUAAAUAUACCCCAACAACUCUUACCAGUCAACCAUCGGCUCUGUCGUCACAACUGACAAGUUCAAGUCUGGCUGCAGUCAAACCAUCGUCAUCUAAUUCCACCAAUAGUUUGUCACGCAGUCAAUUACAACUACAACAACAACAACAACAGCAGCAACAACAACAACAACAACAAUCACAACUUAAACUAUCACAAUCGACAGUGACUGUUAACAAUCUACCGAAUUCACCUAUAUUCUCUUCACCAGCAUCACCAGUUCUUUCGAAUAGCCAAGCCAACUUGUCCGAUAACGGAUCGUCAGAUUCUGAUCCCAAUCAACAGUCAUCGGCUUUAUUUACAUUUGACAAUGUACUUUCACCAGUGACCAACUCUUAUAUUCAACAAUCGAUAAGUGGACAGAGAAUAGUACACCAAGCAUUCUCCUACGAGAAGACCAUGACUGCCGAGGAAUGCCAAGAGUUUGCUAAUCUCAUCCAACAGAUGGCUAUCUCCAACUAUGACAUCAACCAAGGUUACUCUGUUGAAAACUCUCCACUCACCAAACUAACAGUGGAAAUGCUAUUGGAAGAGUGGAUCAAGUCGUUGGUUGCCACCGAUGGCAAUCUCUACAGUCCGACACUUCAAUACCACGCACUCACCGAAGAGGUCAACUCUGAGUCAGUCUAUGCUGCACUCAAUCCAAUGUCGAAACCAGUGCUUCUCAAUCUUACGGCACGUUCACUCUUUGGAUUCUCAUCGAUUCUCUCCAACAUCUUUAAGAACGAAGAGAUGGAAACCAACUCACCGCUCUCACUAUCGGACACUGACAUAUUCUCUGGCGUUGAAUGGAUGCCUGCUCCACGCUUGAUGGUUGGCUACAAGGAGGAAUGGAUGGAGGCUCCAUCCACCAUCAUAAGACACUGGGACAAAGCACUGAUAGAACCAUACUCACCAAAGAAGAAUAUCACCUACUAUGUGCUCUGUCCAGACACUCAGCAUCAUCAUCAUCACCAACAACAACAACAACAAACAACCACAACCACAUCGAUAAACAAUACAGCCUACAGUGGAUUGUUCCCACAAGGUAUCUACUAUAUUCCAACGUUGGCGUCAACAGCAGCACCACUAAACUCAUCCACUCAGCAAACACAACCACCACCACAACCACCACAACAACAACAAUCACAACAACAACAACAACAAGAUCCUAAUCAACUGUUGAUGAAUAGCUACCUCACUGCAUGCUCUAAACUAAGUGAUCAUCUUAAGGAAAUCUCAUUACAAUACAAUGAAAACAAUUGUAUUGUCGUAUAUAUUGUUAAUCCAUUCACAGAAUCAUCUCAGUUUGGCACCAACAAGGAGAAUACCAAUGGCGACUCUGACUCUGUAUUCCUAAGACAGAGAGAAUCUCUAAUGUUUAUAAAUUCAUGUUUCCGUACAAUUAUGAAAGAAACUUAUUCAAAUGAAUCAUUAAAUAUAAUGGUACAAUCAAUUCCAAUUGAACAAGUAUUUUUAGAUGAUUCACAAACUAUUCCAAUUGCCAAAGAGAUUGCAUUUUCGAUAUUUAACAAAUGUCGUAGAAUUUCAACACUUUCGCCGAUACUCAAUGGUGUUCCACCAACAAACAAUUUCACCAAUUGGUGUCAGAGAUUCGCCGAUAAAAUAUUCGAACCAAUAUUUAUACUUUCACAACCAAGACAGCCACAGGCAUUGCAAUCAUAUCAACCCAACAAUAUCCAUGUGUCCUAUAUGUUGAGCGACAACAAUCGAUGGGUUGCAUGCACGAUCACCGAUGAUCGUGGUGAGAUGUUAGAGUCCAAACUGAUACCGGCAAUCAUGUCAGAGUAUACCGGCGAGUUGGUGUGGCGCGAUACACUCACCAGUGUCUGGACAUUCAUUUACGAUACCAUCAAUCUUAUUCUACUCUCAAACGGAAUCACAGCGAGAGCUGUCAUUUCUAAAUUUGGACUCAUCUCCAAAGAGGAAUACGACGAAUGGCAACGACUGGUCUUGAACAUUCCCGAUAGAAAUCCUCUAGAGCAUGUUUUAUUUGUCAACUUUACUAUGCAUCCAUAUCUUCAAUUAUUCUCCUCAGAGUUUUUCAAUGAUACAUUCUCAAAAUCACAAGAUACACUUAUUUUACCAGUAUUUUCACUUAAAGGUCAAUCAUAUGCCGUUUAUCCAAAAUCACCAUUUAUUUAUAACUAUCAUUUAAAUAAUCCGUUGCCGUUGGUAUCCUCUUUCGUUGUGACUUCUCAUUCGAAUAAUGCAGUGUUGAGUCAACAGCAAUCCAAUUUCGAGAGUAAAAAAGAAUGGCCAGUUGUCUAUAUGAUUUCGAUUAUUGGUGAACAGAGUGUAAAGCAACAGACGAUCAAUGUCGAUCAGCAAACGACAUCCGAUCUCUCAGAGUCGAUCAAACAGAUCACAAAGAUCUAUCAUCGAUUGUCGUACCUGAACCUCUCACCACGUUAUCCCGACCGUUACUCUGUGCUGCCAAUACACCACACCGUAACAAAGAGAAUGAGCAGACUAGCAGGAUUCGUUGCACCCAAAUCACCAAAACCAUUCCACCUUCAACAACAACAAAAGACACCCAUCAACAAUUGGUCGGCGAAAAUGCACAAUCUCUCACCACUCACCAACAAUCCUACAUCGCCACAAUCAAUAUCCUCAGCAACAGGAUCCUCUCCGAUAAACACAAUAAAAGAUGAUACAAUGUCAUCUUAA